CUCUGAGUGGAGAGCAGCAGCUAUCAACCAUGACGUCCCCUUCCUUGCUGUCCCAAGUUGCAGCCUAUGAGGAUUCAGUUGGUGCUCAUUUGGCAACCCUGCUGCAGUCAGAUCAACACUCCGUUGUCAUUUCAUCUGCUAAAGUCCUUUGCGAGACAAUCAAAUCCCUGAUAAUGAAAGUGGGCAAGAGUUGGGGAGACUCGUCAGAAUCACAAGAUGGAGCCGCAUCAUCAGAGGAUUCGCUAACAGCCAAAUGUGCGGUGCUCAACGACAAGCUAGACCUGCUUCUCCGUGCCUUGCAUGAAGAGAGUAUAGCCUCAAUGUCCACUGUCAGUAGUGUGCAGGAAGAUUCAUCUUUUGUAGAUGAGAGCCCUGAUACGAGUGUUGAUCUGGAAAUUGCUGAAAGGACCAGUUUGUGUAAGGAAGAAAAGAAUAUUUCUAAUAUUCACCAAAGAAAGAAGACCAAAACGAAACACUUUAUAGAGCGAGAUGCUUUAAUGUCUAGAGCGAAUAGCCUGAAAAAGGCUGUCAGAGAAAUCAUAGAACACACCGAGAGAGCCGUUGACAGCCAGAAUGAACAGACCUUCAUCCGACAGCAGCCACCCACUAUCAGGCUCGAGCCAUCGGAGGAUGACCCCUCACAGGAAAUACAAGCUCCGACUAUCACACACUCAGGGUUACAGGUCCUGCCCACCAUCGAUGCUUCUUCAUCUGAGCCAUCGCCGUGCCCCUCCCCCCUUCCUGCUCCCGGGUUGCCUCCAUUUGUUUCAUCCAUCACCACAAACUUCCCCCUCCCCCCUGUCUCUCCUCUCCCAUCAUCCCAUCCCAUGUAUUCCAUCCACACUCAGCAGCUCUCUGGCUCUUCUUUCCUCCAGCUCCCGGGAGGAAGCUCACCUCCCCUUGACACAGCUGUUGAUGAAACUGUGGAACAGCUGAGGUUCCAAUACCAAGCCAUCUCUCCCCUGCCUGACCUGCGCCGCGAGAGCCAUGGGGAAUUCGAGUUCCCCCCAACCCUUCCCGUGCCCAGUGAGUUUGCUGAUCUCUCCAGGAAGAAUAGCAUGCAAGAAGGGAGAGAGGGUGAACGGGGCCCCCCUAUAUCCUUUGAGGACAUUGAAGUGCAGAUACAAUCCUCCACUGACAAUCUCUUAGAUGUAGGUGAAGACGAGCCUUAUACUUUUGAAGAAAAGUCCAUCACAGAAAUCAGGGACUCACUUGUUAAUUCCUUGAACAACUCAUUAGAUAUUGAUGAGGAUUGGGAAGAGGAUGCAGCAGAAGAUAGGAAUAAGGAUCAAACAGAUGAGGAACAGAAAGGUGAUGAUAUUCAAGAAGAUGAAAAGGAAAAGACUGAAGCUGGAGAUAGUGAUGAAACAGACAAUACUGUGAGGGAGACUUGCAAAUAUGAAGCCAAGGAUGACGAAAAUGGCAACACAGAGGACACAACACCAGAAGGAGACAUCAGUGUCAUUGAAGAUGUGUCCACUAAUGUAGAAGAUGAAGACUUUCCCACAGUAAGAGAGAACUUUGAAAAUGAAGAAUAUGAGAUAGAGGAGGUUCCUCAGAGAGAAGAUCCUACAGGACAAGAGUCACAUGAAGAAAUUCAGACUCCAGAAGUCCCUCUUGCGGAGGCAGAGACUUCAGAAAGUAUUGAGGAUGAGCUAGAAGAUACUGUACCUCCUCCUUCAGAGCGGUAUGUGGAGGGUGCUGAGGCCACAGCAGAGGAAGACCAAGACGAGGAGAAAGGUGAGGAGUCCAAGCAACCCCCCCGCCCAGCUAGUGAGGUUAGCACAGUCUUCCCACGGCUCGAGCCUACACCCACCGACCGGAGCUCAUCAAAUACCCUACUGAGCCCUCCCGCUGUGCCUCAUGUACAACCGCCACCCUUGCUUCACCAGACCCACGUGCAUGAUGCUUUAAAGACCAAACACUCACAGACCACUCUUCAUAAAUGCCUGACUCCACUGGACUUCCCUCAUCAUAGCCACCCCACAUAUCAUUCUUCCAUGGGGCGAGUGCUUUCGCCCGAUAUCAGUGGCGAAGAUUUGUCAUUGCGGAAACAUCUGACACCUAUUUUGCGGGUGAGGCAGAGUCCUAUCUCAGCCUGUGCGACCAUGACCCAGUGCACAGAAUUAAUGCAGUCGGAACCUGUUCCAUGUCCUGGGUCCAUGUCACACACAACCUUCUCCUCAGUACCUUGUGCCUCAACCUCAGGGACAAAGUCAGCUUUCCCCUAUAGUACAGAUCUUUCCUCUAGUCCUGUGAAAGUAAGAGAUACCAACUCUUCUCUAUCCCUGUCACAGUCUGCAGUCCCUAAUUCUCCAGUAUCACCACCCUGCCUUUCCCUGCCUUCUACCCCUGCAAUGACAAGUCAAGGAAGCGCAAGUACUCUCUCCUCCCUGUCACACUCAACCCCACACACUCCAUCAUCUGCAGGUUUUUUGAUGCCACCUGUGUGGGCCUAUAUGGCCCCUUCCUCUCCUACCCUCACCAAACCAGCAUCCUCAUCAUCCAUCCUCACAAACCCUCCUUCUCCAUCAGCAUCGCGGCGAAUAUCUACAGGCUCUACCCUCAAAAGUCCAGGGCCACCCAUCUCCACUCUGAAUGUGACAUCUACGACCCCUGGACGGGACAAGAGCAGGAGUCCUGAGCGUGGGGGGCGGGGUUCUACAAGCCGAGGCUUAGCUAGAAGCUCUGCGGCUGCCCGAUCAUCUCGCAAACACCUCCCUAUCAUCAACCCACUUGUCUCACUACCCAUGUGGCCAAACAUUGCAGCGGGUGCCAGCUCGGGAGGACUUAUCAGUAAGGUUCUGUUGGCCAAUGCUGACGCUUUGUGUGCCGCAGCCUCCCCCCUUAUGGACCUUGAUGACUCAUCCUUGGAUGGGUAUGAGGAAAGGUGCACAAUGAACAACUAUUUUGGCAUUGGGAUUGAUGCCAAGAUAACACUGGAUUUUCACAACAAGCGAGAAGAACAUCCUGAAAAGUGUCGUUCCCGUACAAAGAACUUCAUGUGGUAUGGUGUAUUAGCAUCUAAAGAAUGGUUAUGUAAAACUUACAAGAAUCUGGAUCAGCGAGUCCAGCUGGAAUGCGAUGGUGAGAGAAUUCCCUUGCCAUCACUCCAGGGUAUUGUUGUAUUGAACAUUCCAAGUUUCAUGGGCGGCACCAACUUCUGGGGCGGCACAAAGGAGGAUGACUGCUUCCUGGCUCCCAGCUUUGAUGACAAAAUUCUGGAGGUUGUUGCUGUGUUUGGUUCUGCCCAGAUGGCUGCCUCGCGGAUCAUCAAUCUGCAGCAUCACCGCAUUGCCCAGUGCUCUAGCAUUAAGAUAACGAUCCUUGGAGAAGCUGGAGAGGAAGGUGUACCAAUUCAAGUGGAUGGAGAGGCUUGGACACAACCUCCAGGCAUAGUCCGCAUUGUACACAAAAAUCGUGUUCAGAUGCUGUGCAGGAAUAGGGACUUAGAAGUAUCUCUGAAGGCCUGGGAGGAGAAACAGAGGAGCUCAGGAAGCCAGGCAAAGGAGCCAACAUUGCUGGCUGAUGAAGAGCUACCUGUAGAGAAACAGAGGAGCUCAGGAAGCCAGGCAAAGGAGCCAACAUUGCUGGCUGAUGAAGAGCUACCUGUACUUGCUGCCUUGGCUACUGUUGUGAGCGAAGUCAUCAGCACCUUGCGGUUAGUGGCAGUGAGCACACCGAACCUGGAAAACCGCCUGAAUGAACUGGCGUCCUCAGCCUCCACCUGCCUUGAGAAAAUGUGGCGUGAGGGGAGAGUCAUUGAAGGUCCAAACUUGAGAAUGUUGGCAACAGAGCUUGUGAAUAAUGUGAAGGGCCUGCAUGCUGAAAUUAUGACAAUCUUGAAGGAAGAAACCCUUGUGUUGACCCAGACGUUGGAUGACAGUUUGCAUGGAAAUUUGAUCCAACUUGAGAACUCGCUAAAACAUGCUCAUGAGAAAGACAACUUGAUACACUUUAUGUCAGAAGAGGAGGGCGAACGUAAAAGAGCACAUUCUAAAGGCUUGUUCAAACUGAAGCUGAAGCGAGAAGGGCGACGGGGUGGAGUGGAGAGGGAGGUGAGGGAGUGGGGUCCGGACGAGGUGGCGGCUUGGCUGGAUGCCCUGCAGCUCACCGAGUACAGGGAGUCCUUUAUCCGCCAUGACAUCAGGGGGUCAGAGCUGCUGAAUCUGGAGCGAAGGGAUCUUAAGGAACUUGGAAUUACUAAAAUCGGCCACAUAAAGCGAAUCCAGCAAGGUAUUCGAGAGAUCAAAGACAGUAAGUCUCACAGCUAAACUACUUACAUAAAACUUGGUCACAAGAAGAGAUUUAGUGCUUUCUGCCUGCACCCUCAGAGGACACCUUUGGAAGAGAAGGUUAUGAAUACAUUUAUGGAAACCUUGAACCUUGAUAUGGGUCCCUGCUUUUCUUUGUAUAUUUUCCUUGUUUUAGAGUAUGGCACUCUUCAUUGUCAAAAAAGGAGUUCCUCUAUAAGCAAGAGGAGGAAAUUCCCUCUAAGUAAGUGUGCAAAUGCCUCUCUUUGUUGAUUUCUGAUUUUAUGCGAUGAUUUUCUUGUAGAUGUUACAUGGCAUUAAGAUAUUGCAGAUUGACUGAAGUUAAUGCAUUGUGAUUUGAAAGAUUUUGAAAGGACAAUUGAUGACUAAGAGUUUGUUUUAUUUUUUUAAUGGAUGUUGAAGAGUUGAUAGGAAUUUUGUAUUCAUGGGAUUAAUGAUUUGACCAUGAUUAACUGGUUUUGUAGACUGUACUUGAUAUUCAAGCCAUGCUGUAUGCAUUUUUUGUAAUAAUUUUAGAAUUCUGUUAUUGAUUUUCAGAAAAA